UGCCUCUCAUUCAUCAUGUGAGCUGCGCUUCUGUGAUUGCUGCCAGUGAAAUCUUACAAUUAGCCCAAUCACAGCCCUCGAUCCGAGAUGUCACUGCGGGCGAGUCAGAAGGCUUGGUAAAACAAGACAGUCGCUCCUUGCGCCCCGGCAUAGCGCCAUACACUCAAAUCCCUGCCCAGUUACUCAGUUGUCAGCUCGGAACCUGCAAACUCGAAAAGCACCCUCUCUCUCUUAUCCCCUCUCGUCGCAGCAUCACACAACGCCUUUCAGAUGGGAGCAUCGCACUGAUCUACUGCGCGACACACACAGCCUCUUGCGGAAUCCUACAGUGCAGCGAUUUUCAAGGCAUAAGUGCGUCCGCGUUUGGGAUGGGAGGUGUUGCGAUCCCGCCGGGUCUGAGUCCACUCGGAGCGGCAUAGUGGCUGGAGAGGGACUCGCUGAUCGGAAGUGUUGUUGGGAUCCUGCUGCUAUUUCCUUUCGCGCUGGAUUCUCAUGCUUUUGACUAACACGUCGCUGCGGAGGAUUUAGAACGGACCAAUUCAUAAAGAAGCAUCACAACCCUGUGGAUUAGGAUACCAAAAGGUGUUUCUUUUUACGCAUCUCGUUGUAAUUUGGAAGUAAAGGAGUUGGGAUUCAUCGGAACGUGCCUGUUACCGCAGUGUCAAUGCGACUGCGGCUGUAAACUGAUAUCCGCAGCGAUUACAGGUAUAGAAUGACCUCAAUCCCAAGAGAGGCCUGAUCACGGAUUGGCUGAGAGUACUGGACCGAGCCCCUUCUAGCCCUCCCUGACACCGCGGACCAUGGAGUCCCAUCACACCAGGACACGGACUUCCUGUCUUACCCUAUGCUGCUUCCUGUUUGCCCUGGCCAUCCCUCUCUUGUUGGCAUCCAGGCCCCUCCCCCAUGCCCCCGACGGCGUCACUAUUAUCACUGCCUCCAUCGACGCAGCUGAGGAGGAGGACUAUAGCACGUUCAGCACCGAGAACCCUGAGUGGAAGUUCAACCACGUGGCCGUGGACGAACGCAACGGCAACGUGUACCUGGGAGCGGUCAACCGCAUCUACAAACUCUCCCCCGACCUAAACGUACAGGUGUAUCACGAGACUGGCCCCGACGAGGACAACCGCAAGUGCUACCCGCCACGCAUUGUGCAGCCCUGCAGCGAGCCGCUGUCCCUCACCAACAACGUCAACAAGAUGCUGCUGAUGGACUACCGGGAGAACCGGCUAUUAGCCUGUGGUAGUCUCUAUCAGGGCAUCUGUAAACUCCUCCGUCUGGAUGACCUGUUCAAGCUGGGAGAGCCCUUCCACAAGAAGGAGCACUACCUGUCCGGGGUCAACGAGAGCGGUUCGGUGUUCGGCGUCAUCGUGUCGUACGGGGACUCAUCGCCCGACAAGCUGUUUGUGGCCACGGCAGUGGACGGCAAACCCGAGUAUUUCCCCACCAUCUCCAGCCGCAAGCUUGCGCGCAACUCGGAGGAGGACGGCAUGUUCGCCUACGUCUUUCACGACGAGUUCGUGGCAUCCAUGAUCAAGAUCCCGUCAGACACGUUCACCAUUGUGCCUGACUUCGACAUCUACUACGUCUACGGAUUUGGCUCGGGUAACUUCGUCUACUUCCUCACGUUGCAGCCGGAGAUGGGGAACGGGCCGGCCACCGGCUCCUCCUCCACGGGGCGAGAACAGGUGUACACUUCUAAAAUAGUCCGUCUGUGUAAAGACGACACAGCCUUUAACUCGUAUGUGGAGGUACCCCUGGGCUGUGUGAAGGGCGGCGUGGAGUACCGGCUCCUACAGGCGGCCUACCUCUCCAAGGCGGGUGCCAUAUUGGGGCGCUCGCUAGGUGUGGGGCCCGACGAUGACGUCCUAUUCACCAUCUUCUCCAAGGGCCAGAAGCGGCGGCCACGCGAGGCUUCGCAGGAGUCAGCGCUGUGCGUGUUCGCCCUGCGCGAGAUCAACGAGCGCAUCAAGGAACGACUGCAGUCGUGCUACAAGGGCGAGGGCACCCUGGACCUGGCCUGGCUGAAGGUCAAGGACAUACGCUGCAGCAGCGCUCUCUUAACCAUCGACGACAACUUCUGUGGCCUGGAUAUGAACGCUCCGCUGGGGGUGUCAGAGAUGGUGCAGGGCAUCCCUCUCUUCUCUGACUCCACCGACAAGAUGACCUCGGUCAUCGCCUAUGUCUACAAGAACCACUCUCUGGCCUUCGUGGGCACCAAGAGCGGGCGCAUCAAGAAGAUCAGGGUGGACGGGCCUUCCCACGGUGCAUUGCAGUAUGAGGUGAUCCAGGCAGUGGAGCGAGGGCCAAUCCAACGGGACAUGGCCUUCUCCCCCGACCACCACUUCCUAUAUGCCAUGUCAGAGACACAGAUGACGAGGGUACCAGUGGAAGCCUGUGGCCAGUACUCCACCUGCAGCGAGUGUCUGGGCUCAGGAGACCCUCACUGUGGCUGGUGUGUCCUGCACAACAUGUGCACCAGGAAGGAGAACUGCGAGCGCUCGGCCGAGCCCCGGAGGUUCGCCUGGGACAUCAAGCAGUGCGUCCGCCUCAGCGUCCACCCCAGCAACAUCUCCGUGUCCCAGUUCAGCGUCACGCUGAUCCUGGAGGCCCAUAACGUCCCAGAGUUGUCUGCAGGGGUCAACUGUACCUUUGAGGACCUGGCUGAGAUGGACGGUCUGGUGGAGGGGAACCGCAUCAGGUGCAGCUCGCCUGCCGAGAAGGAGGUGCCUCGCAUUAUCGUAGACAAAGCUGAUCACCAGAUAGUUCAGCUCUACCUCAAGUCCAAGGAGACAGGCCUGGUCUUCGCCAACACCAGCUUUGUCUUCUACAACUGCAGCGUCCACAAGUCGUGUUUGUCAUGUGUGAGAAGCCCCUACCAGUGCCACUGGUGUAAAUACAGACAUGACUGCACCCACGACCCACGCACCUGCUCCUUCCAGGAGGGACGCGUCAAGAAGCCAGAGGAGUGUCCCCAGCUGCUGCCCACCGAGCGCAUCCUGGUGCCGGUCAACGUGGUGAAGCCCAUCACCCUGCGGGCCAAGAACCUUCCCCAGCCACAGUCAGGACAGCGGGGCUAUGAGUGUCUGCUCACCAUCCAGGGCGUGGAGCAGCGGGUGCCCGCGCUCCGCUUCAACAGCAGCUGUGUUCAGUGCCAGAACACCUCGUACUCAUAUGAUGGGAUGGAGAUGAGCAGCCUCCCUGUGGACCUGACGGUCAUCUGGAACGGAGACUUCAGCAUCGACAACCCUGCCGAAAAUAAAGUUCACCUGUACAAGUGUGAUGCCCAGAGGGGUAGCUGUGGCCUGUGUCUGAAGGCAGACCCCCUGUUUGGCUGUGUGUGGUGUAAAGGGGAGAACCGCUGCACCCUCAAGCAGCACUGUCCCCACCCUGAGAGCCAGUGGCUGGAGCGCAAUGGACUCAACAGCAAGUGUACCCACCCACGCAUCACCCAGAUCACUCCGCUGCGGGGGCCUCGGGAAGGGGGCACCCUAGUAACCAUCCGGGGGGAGAACCUGGGCCUGGACUUCAGUGAGAUCCAGGGGAACGUCAGGGUGGCCGAGGUGGACUGUACCCCCGUCCCCGAGGGAUACAUCCCCGCAGAACAGAUAGUGUGUGAGAUGGCGGUGGCAACGCCGAGCCAGUUCGCCAACUACGUGGAGGUGUGUGUGGGGGGUGUGGGGGUCAGAGAGUGUCCAAAAGAGUUCAGGGCCGUAUACUCCAAGUACUACUACUUCGUGGUCACCAGACUGAUCAGCCUGAAGCCCAGCCGAGGGCCCGUCUCCGGGGGAACCAUCGUCAACAUCACCGGUAGCAACCUGGACGCCGGGAGCAACGUGUCCAUCAUGUUCAAGGACCAGAAGUGCACCUAUCACAGGAGGGGCGGCCAGUGGAUCACGUGUCGCUCCCACGCCUCGCUGCAAGGAUAUGGAAACGUCAGUGUGUCAGUGACGGUGGACAAGGCCCGCAUACAGAAAGACUUGAAGUUUGAGUACGUGGAGGACCCCACUAUCAUCAAGCUAGAACCUGAGUGGAGCAUCUUCAGUGGGCACACACCUGUGACCGUGACCGGCACCAACCUGGACAUCAUACAGAGCCCCCUCAUCAGAGCCAAGUACAACGGUCGAGAGACGGUCAACAUAUGCCAGGUGUUCAGCCCCACGUCCAUGCUGUGCCAGGCCCCAGAGCUGCCCAUCAGCCUGGGCAGGCAGAGGGAGGUGCCAGCGCGGCCCGAUGAGUUUGGCUUCAUCCUGGAUGACGUGCAGGCAGUGCUGGCCCUCAACAACACGUCGUUCAUCUACUACCCCAACCCCGAGUUCGAACCCCUCCAUGUGUCUGGGGUGCUGGAGCUCAAGCCUGGCUCCCCCAUCAUACUGAAGGGGCGGAACUUCCUCCCUCCUACCAAUACCAACGGUAAUAACGGCAAGCUGAACUACACGGUUCUGAUUGGUGAUAAACCUUGUCUGUUGACCGUGUCAGACAACCAGCUGCUGUGUGAGUCGCCCAACCUGACAGGGCGACACAAAGUCUUGGCCCGUGUGGGCGGCAUCGAGUUCUCCCCGGGCGUGGUCCACAUCACGUCAGACAGUCCGCUGAGCAGCACGGCCAUCAUCAGCAUCGCCGGCGCCGGUGCCCUGCUCAUCCUCUUCAUUGUGAUAGUGCUCAUUGCAUAUAAACGCAAGUCACGCGAGAGCGACCUCACCCUGAAGAGGCUGCAGAUGCAGAUGGACAACCUAGAGUCUCGUGUGGCCCUGGAGUGUAAAGAGGCCUUUGCCGAGCUGCAGACAGACAUCCAUGAGUUGACCAGUGACCUGGACGGAGUGGGCAUCCCCUUCCUGGACUACAGGGCCUACACCAUGAGGGUCCUCUUCCCUGGCAUAGAGGAGCACCCUGUUCUCAGGGACCUGGAGGUGCCGGGCUACAGACAGGAGCAGGUGGAGAAGGGCCUGAAGCUGUUCGGCCAGCUCAUCAACAACAAGGUCUUCCUGCUCUCAUUCAUCCGCACGCUCGAGUCGCAGCGUGGCUUCUCCAUGCGCGACCGCGGCAACGUGGCCUCGCUCAUCAUGACAAUGCUGCAGAGUAAACUGGAGUACGCCACCGAUGUCCUCAAGCACCUGCUCUCUGACCUCAUCGACCGCAACCUGGAGAGCAAGAACCACCCCAAGCUGCUGCUCCGAAGGACGGAGUCUGUGGCAGAGAAAAUGCUGACCAACUGGUUCACCUUCCUGCUAUACAAGUUCCUAAAGGAGUGUGCUGGCGAGCCCCUCUUCUCCCUCUUCUGUGCCAUCAAGCAGCAGAUGGAAAAGGGGCCUAUAGACUCCAUCACUGGCGAGGCGCGCUACUCGCUCAGCGAGGAUAAGCUCAUCAGACAGCAAAUCGACUACAAGAUGCUGGUGGUGAACUGCAUCCACCCGGACAAUGAGAAGAGCCCUGAGAUCCAGGUGAAGGUGUUGAACUGUGACUCCAUCAGCCAGGUGAAGGAAAAGAUCCUGGACGCCAUAUACAAGAACGUUCCCCACUCCCACCGACAGAAGGCCUCUGACAUGGAUCUAGAGUGGCGCCAGGGCAGAGGUCAGCGUACGAUCCUGAUGGACGAAGACCUCUCUACCAAGAUUGAGAGCGACUGGAAGAGACUCAACAUGCUUGCUCACUACCAGGUGCCUGAUAACUCUGUGAUGGCCCUGGUCCCCAAGCAGGUGACGGCCUACAACUCGGUCAACAACUCAACUGUGUCCAGAACCUCAGCCAGUAAAUACGAGAACAUGAUCAAGUACACGGGGAGCCCCGACAGCCUGCGCUCGCGCACGCCCAUGAUCACGCCCGACCUGGAGAGCGGGGUCAAGGUGUGGCACCUGGUAAAGAACCACGAACACGGAGACCAGAAGGAGGGAGACCGCGGCUCCAAAAUGGUCUCUGAGAUAUACCUGACCAGGCUGCUGGCCACUAAGGGCACUUUACAGAAGUUUGUGGACGACCUGUUUGAGACCAUCUUCAGCACGGCCCACCGAGGCAGCGCCCUGCCCCUGGCCAUCAAGUACAUGUUUGACUUCCUGGAUGAGCAGGCUGACAAGCACAGCAUCCAUGACCCGCAUGUCAGACACACAUGGAAGAGCAACUGCCUACCUCUGAGGUUCUGGGUGAACGUGAUCAAGAACCCCCAGUUUGUGUUCGACAUCCACAAGAGCAGCAUCACGGACGCCUGUCUGUCUGUGGUGGCCCAGACCUUCAUGGACUCAUGCUCUACCUCAGAACACCGCCUGGGCAAGGACUCCCCCUCCAACAAACUGCUCUAUGCCAAGGACAUCCCCAGUUACAAGAGCUGGGUGGAGAGGUACUACUCAGACAUCAGUAAGAUGCCGGCCAUCAGUGACCAGGACAUGAAUGCGUACCUGGCAGAGCAGUCCCGGAUGCACAUUAACGAGUUCAACAGCAUGAGCUCCCUCAGUGAGAUCUACUCCUACGUGGGCAAAUACACAGAGGAGAUUGUUUGUGCGCUGGAGCAGGACGACGCCGCCAGGAAACAGAGACUUUCCUUCAAGCUGGAGCAGGUGGUGGCCUUCAUGAGCCUGGAGAGCUGAGGACCGCACUUCCCAGGGCGCACUGGGAGACCCGUCAGAAACCGAGCCGUGCCUGAGCAAAGACCUGUCCAUCUAUCUCUUCACCAUCGUCAUCAGCAUCAGAACUCCUCUCCGUUUCAAAGAUAACACAUAUUGUCCUGUUUUCUUCUUCCUCUUCCUCCUCUUCCUGACAAGUGUUUGGCAUCUCAUCCGCUCAGCUUCAUAGGACGUGCAGAGAAGACUGGCUGACGGACUGACUGGAGGGUCGGCAGAGCUGGGGACUGCUUUUCCCACCAUGCAAUGGGAGGGCCUCAUCCCAGCUUUGCUGCGUAGAAGAGUCUGAUGGAGGGGUGGUUGUUUGCCAGCUCGCCGUAUCGGCAUCAUUUACACCGUAAUGUUGGGGGAGAAACAAACAUUCUAUUUAUGUUGCCUUUAAAAAUAACACUGAUGACUAAGUCUUUUGCCACCACAAUGUUGGGAGUCAAUUUGUUCAGACUUUCUGAACAGGAUAUUAGUCUAUGAAACUGCUACAGAGUCCAAUUAAUUGUAGUGCUAAAGUCAACAUCACAUCAAACGUGGAAAAACAAAGUGGUAUUCUAUAAAUGAGGAAACCAAACUGACCACCUCGGAAGACAAAAAAACUGAAGGUUUGCCUGGUUCACACUUCUUAAGAUUGGGAAAUAGGCAAACUACAGAAUUGUUUUCUCAAUGUAGCUUUGGGGUGUAUUUGAAGAAACUCCGAUAGGGGCUGGGGAGAGUUAGUGCUUCUUGAAUUUCCCUUUUUUUCCGAAAACCUGACUGACUUUGAAAUCCAGAGAAGGACAGAUUCCCCUUUGUGGCAUUGGCACGAGUCUGCUCCCACCCACCCACCCCUCCAAGUACCUCUAUAGAUAAAACAAUCCUCAUCUUCUGAAUCUCUGGCUUGUGUGGUACCUGCUCAAUUAUCCUGACUAUUAUAAGACUAAUUAGUGGAGGACAGACCCAGGUCUGUCUGGUCCUCCUCUGUGACGAGAAGCACACAUCCAACUCUUGACCACAGUGACCCGACAGCUCUGACACCUGGAACGGUCAGUCUGUCCCGUGUGUGCUGCUAACAGAUGGAGGUCACUCGCCGGUCUAUCAAAGCACACACACAAACAGGUACACACGGCAGCUGUCCAAGACCUGUUCUGAGGGGAACUCUACUCCUGAUUCACCCUCUGAUCACACUGUCUGAAUACUAGGGGAGCUGACUGACAUCUACUGAGAGGAGGAGAGGGACGCUUCACUAGAGCAGUCUUACCAUGGACCCAUGCUUUCUACAUGACAGAGACGGUGCGGUACUGCUUAAAUGGGAUCUGCUCUCCUGAGAGAGAGAGAGAGAGAGAGAGAGAGAGAGAGACCUUCUGUAAAGACUUGGGACGGGGGGAAUCAAUUGAUGGACAUAACUGGUCAGCCGAAAAACCAAAGGAGCUUGACAUUUUAAAAAGACAAAAACAGUUAUUUAAAAACAAUGUAUUUAAAGGAAAUGACACGGGAAAAGGAUUUGGUGAAAGAAAAACCCACCCCACAACAACAACUUAACCCUGUGUGAUUUUCUGACCUCAGUGUGCCGAAGGGGGAGCCGCGGACGAGUCCCGCCCUCCUCCUCGCCGUCCCGGUUUCUUCCGUGUUUGGCACACCGCUUUUCUUCCCUCUUUGUCCGGUUUUCCACGUCAGUUUUUUUGCACAAGUGUGGAGACAGCUUCCAUGCGGGAAUCUCUGAGCGCUCUGGGUCGCUCAUGUUGUGUGUUAGUGUAGUCGUCCUCCGCAGCCUUCUCCAAGCCUCAAAAAACUGAAACUAGAGUGAGAAAAACAAGUCAACGUCAUAUAGACGCCCGGACACGGACAUCAACAGACUUGUGGAAUGUGAUAACCUGGAUGGGAGAGAGAGCUGGAGAAACCAUGGAGAAACCCUCCUUUCCUUUAGACCUCUGACCUUUCUUUUGCCUUGACAACGUGCCCCAUGUGGUGAUGUGAAUGUGUGGAGACCGUCCUCGGUCCACCUUCGGUCCUUAUUGGCUUUUUAAGCGCAUGUAAAACUUAACAUUUAAAACAAAAAAAGAGUAAAAUAGAGAAAACAAGCCUCUUGCAAAUGAUGAUGUGGAUGUGUUCUUUUCUUUAUUUUGCUUGGAAGAAAACAGUGAGGGAAAACAGUGUAUUGUUCAUGUUAAAACUAUAAGUAACUGUUAAGGUGGAACCUUUAUCUCCCGUUCAGCCCAUGCAAACCUCUCAUUACCAUGUCUUGUGAAAGUGUUAGACGCUAAUAGGAAUAAAGUGGUACCUUAAAAUCCAAUAUAUUAUAUACCCUUGCAUGCUGACCUAUUUGGAUGUUAUGAAACGGAACUGCCUUGCAAUCAAAUAUAUUUAUCUACUGCUACUAGGAAACGUUUAAACGGUUCACAAACAAAACGGUUAUUUUGGAUUCUCAUGGACUGAUGUAGUACAAUAACUCAUGACUAAGUUUGAAUUCAUUCAGUCCUUUUGCUUAGUCCUUCCAGAGUAGAUCGUCCUCUAACGCCCAUCCAUAUACAUGUUCCAUUAGUUAGUGACUUCGUCAGUUCCAGAACCCUCAGGUUUUGGGUCUGGUAGACUAAUUUUGCAGUGAGCUUCUUGCUCUUUUCUUGGCUGCUAUCGCUUCUCUAGUGUCUGUCUGUGUUUUCAUCCGGAAACUAUCUCCCCUAGCCUAUAACCUUACCUUUUGGAUUCUAUUAUUUUAUCAUUCAAAAAAACAACAUUUAUUUUUGUAAGCCGCUGGCUGCAAAGCUACCUUGUCUUAUUGCAGCACCUGUUACUAUAGUUGUGGAUGUGUUUUUUACAUUCUGUUUUAACAGUUGUUUGAUCUGAAGAGCUCAGUGCAAAGGGAACUAGCAUUAGGAGGGCUUUCAGGGUUCAAUCAAAACGUUUGCUCAUACAAAACCCAUGUAUCGCACAACAUGCCUCAUUAUUGGAAUCCUUAUGGUCUUAUGGGGUGUACAAUACAUUCAAGUCAAUCACUUGUCUGGUAGUAUCUGCUGUCCUUCGAUUCUACUGCUACAUCUAAAGGUGUUCUGCACAAACUUACUGAAAAGAUACUGGUGGUUUUAACAAACAAAAAAACUCUCCUUUGGACAAUUUCAAACGAUUAAACGUCUCUUGAUGAACUCAUCAAAGAGAAACAGGUGUCUGGAAGCUUCUAUAACCACACUAGCUCUGACCCUGAAAGCUUCUGAUUUACUUAGUUGAUUGUGUUUUGUAAAGUGUGUUUUAUUUCCGUCACACCAUCGCUGUCUAAUGUAUGAACCACAUCUAAUUCAUCCACAACUGAACUGUCUAAAGGGGUGAGUUCUGUCAGUGGUUGGUAUUCAGGUUCGAGGGGGUACAUUCAUGAACAGCGCGUUCUCUGGACGUUCUACAACAUGUUCAAACUGUUCACAAAGCUUGUGAUCAAAUAAACAAUAAGACAGAACUGAAAGGAAUCGACUGUAUUAAUUCAGUCUGAUGGAAAAUCCCAGGUAAAACAGUUGGGAUAUAAGACUGAACUUGGCAGGGACCUCAACGUUUAGGGGCCCUUGUUAGGUUUAGAGACUGUAAAUUGACCCACUAUUACCCAUGUCUUCUAUUCUCUAGCUACCCAACGCUUCCUCCUCUCUAAGUCCAUUGUUUUUAUUUGGUGAAGAGAAUGAAUGUCCUAGAAUCUCGUAGUGAAUCUGCCCCCUGGUGUUGUAACAUACGGUGUUUCCAUUUUCCCCCAUGUUCCCCGGCGACAAAGCACGUCUGAGACUACGGACCCCUUUGUUGCCGAGGGACUCGAUAAAGCUUCCACCUUCAACGUUUUGUAGGAACUAAAGAUAGGUCCUUCUAGAGCUCAGUGUUAUAGCAGGUGUUACAGAAACAGUAGGAAUACUUUUACUAUUACCAUAUUUGCUGAGAGAUAAAGAGUAUCCUAUCAAGAGAUGAAACUAAACCUGGGGGAAAAGGCCAGCUUCUCUAACUUUGCUAUAAUUAAUUGUAUACCUGUGUAUGUAAAUAUAAUGCAUUCCUAUUUUGCAGUCAAGAACAAAAUACUAUUUGUAAUAUAGAAUAAACUUUAUUAUGAAACACA